AUGGAAGACCCAAAGCAAAAUAGCCACGAGAAUGCUAUAUUGACUGCAAGUUGUGGAUGUGCCGGAGUGGUUAUCGGGCAUGACUCGAAAUCAUGUGGGCUUUGCCCGCGCAGAUGCCUUUCUCGAAGAGAUUCUUCCCUUGAGCCAGCCAAGAAUGCUCCGGGAUCGCGAUUUCUGGCCUCCAGCGCCAUCGCAAUCCACCAUCGCGUCCGCGCUGCGAAAUUGGAGAUGCUUCAUCGAUCCUCCCCCGUGGCCAGUGCUAGCGCUGCGACCAAGCGUGGCAGGAUGCUCACGAUUUGUGAUCAUCUGAUCGCCCCUCGCAAUUGCAGCUUUGGAUUGAUUGUGGAACAUCCCCUCCUCUGUAAACGUCCAGUUCUCCGCCCAGCUCAAUCCCGAAGAUCCCUGCCUCCGAAACGAGACGCCUCUCUUGAGCGUCGCCAUGGGGAAACAAAUCCAGCAAAAAUUUCUGUCAAGAACGAUGAGAUUUCGGCAGGAAUCGCUAGAAAAGAUGGAGUUUCUGAGGGAGGAAGCGAAGAACCCUACCGAAGAAAGCAAUGGAUCGCGCUCUCACUACUCAGAGCGCGCCCAGAGAAAUUCGGGUCAAUUGUGGACAAUGCGGCUGAUUUCCGAUUCCAGGUACAAUUUUCCGAGGUUGCCGAGGACGAGAUCGGCACUCCCUGCCUUGUUCGCCAUGGAUUCCGUGCUGGAUCCGAGUAUUUCUAUCCAGCCAGUGCUAUAAAAUUCUGUGGAGUGAUAGCAGCAUUGCUAAAACUCGGACGCGUCAGGGAGACUAUGGGACCUGGGAUUUCCUGUUCUAGUGCUCUCCAGUUUUAUCCUUUAAACGAAGGAGGACUUUUGGAGCAAUAUGAUGCGAGCAAUCUGGAUGGCCAAAGGAUCACUGUUGCUCAUGAGCUUCGAAAGCUAUUCCUGGCCUCGGACAAUCGAGCUUUCAAUCGGCUGUAUGAUUUUGUUGGCCACCGCUGGCUGAACGAGACAAUGUGGCACGCAAAUCUUCCCAGCGCAAGGCUUCGCCAUCACCUCGCAGGAAAUUUCUCGUCGUCCAGUGGCAUGAACAUUACUUGCAGACCGGUUGGAUUCGAAGAGCGCGCUGCUGUUCCUCCGAAACGGAGUGGUCUAACUCUGCCAGGAAACACUCCCUCGCAGGGACUGCAAGUAGGGAACGCUUACAUCGCAGAUGGAAGCUUGGUGAACGAGCCCAUGGAUUUCUCCGGGAAGAACUCCAUCAGCCUUCUCGACCUCCAAAACCUCUUGAUCAAAGUCACCCGACCGGACAUCCACUUAGAUAAUUCUCCUCUCGAUCUGGACGAGGAAACAUCAAAGCUGCUAAUGGAAGCAAUGUCUCAGUAUCCAGCCGAGUCCUCCAAUCCUCAGUACUAUCACUACCCGGACGAUUUUUGCAAGCUGUUCUUGCCGGGGCUAUGCCGGGUGCGCAGCAAAGGAGCUCUGCGGAUUUACAACAAAGUUGGCCAGGCAUUUGGCUUCACAACCGAGAACGCCUAUGUCGUCGACGUAGAAACCGGGAGGAGCUUCUUCCUGGCCGCAACGAUCUAUACAAACGCAAACGGGGUUGUCAACGAUGAUCGCUACGAGUAUGGCAUUGCAGAGACGGUGAUGGCGGAUCUCGCCGAAGAGAUCGCUCGAGCAGUGUGGCAAAUCCCGCCAGAGAUCGUCAAUCUGGAUUGCACGCCAUCAAGGCAGCAGCAGCGCGAAAAGAUCGAGUCAAAUGCUCGGCAAACGAGCCAAGCGACAGAGAAACCGCGAGAUCUUCCAUGCAAGUUGGAAGAUCCAGCGAAAUUCUCGUCGCGCGCGGCGAAAUCUUCGUAUGUUUACUUUGUCGAUGAGUAACGCUCAAAUUUUCAUCU